CCACUGUACAGCCCUGGUCACGUGACUCGCGCGGAGCGCAGCAGGCUAAGUCACACAGCAUUUCCUGAUGCAGCACCUCUUGAUGUACAAUGUACGGCACUUACUUCACAAAGCAUCAUGGUUAUGUGGUCCUCUCCACCAGCCACAGAAAUAAAUGGAAUUUUGAAAGGAUAUAAAGUUGUUUACCAUUCAUUAGCAGACUGGGAUGAAAUGUCACCCCCUACAGAAGAAGUCACACAAGAUGAAAAGUUCAUGAUGAGAAACUUGGAAAGUUUCUGCAACUACAGUAUAGAAGUAAGAGCAUAUACAACCAAAGGUGAUGGUGUAUCCAGCCAACUGGUCUUCUGUAGAACCCAGGAGGAUGUUCCAGGACCACCAGCUGAUGUAAAGGCUCUUGUAAUGGAUUCAAAGAGUGUGUUGAUUUCUUGGAAGCCACCACUGCAUCCAAAUGGAAGAAUUAAAAGAUAUAAGGUUUAUUUUCAAUCUUUAGAUGGUUUUGGUCUGGACAAGGAUCAAUAUGACAUUCCUGCUAAGCAAACAAAUUAUACUAUAUCUCAUCUGGAGCUGCAUCAUCGAUAUGAAUUCUGGGUAACAGCGUCCACAUUGGUUGGUGAAGGAGCAGCUUCUAGACAUGUUGUACAAGUACCAGCAAGCCAUGUACCUGCUCGCAUGGUCUCUUUCAGCAAUCAUAUCAAUGUAGCAUUGGAGGGAGAUUUUCAGUUGCACUGCAUUGUUGUGGGACAGCCAAGUCCAAAAAGAACAUGGACAAAGAAUGGGAAAGCAAUAACAGAAGACUCCCACGUAAAAAUUAAUGAUGAGUAUUCACUGUUUGCUAGUUCAGUGCAAACAACAGACUCUGGGAACUACACAUGCUCAGCUGAAAACAUGUUUGGGAAGGAUGAAAUAACAUAUUUGGUAAAAGUUCAGGACAUGGUCUUUACCACUAGUCCACCAGGAAUGACUCUUGAUUCUACUCGAGCAACCCUGCUCUCUGGAGUUGCAGUGACAGAACUGUUGGAUGGCGAUACCAUUGUUAUCACAUUUUGUAGCUUGACAAUGUCCACUAUGGACCGUUAUUCUGAAGAAGUUACUGACAGGGCUGCAAAAUGUUGA